AUGGGUGGCGAGAGCCCAGCGUGGAAAACGGUGUAUGGGGCCAACGUCAUUGUGUUUGAAGGGAUACUGGCUUUUGCAAACAAGGAGUUGCUGAAGCUCCUGGACAUGAAAGUGUUUGUGGACACGGACUCUGAUAUCCGGCUGGUGCGGCGGCUGCAACGCGACAUCAUGGAACGUGGACGUGACAUCGUGGGUGUCAUCAAGCAAUACAACAAGUUUGUGAAGCCAGCCUUCGAGCAGUACAUCGAGCCAACCGUGCAGGUUGCCGACAUCGUAGUGCCCAGGGGUGGGGAGAACUUUGUGGCCCUGGACCUCAUUGUGCAGCAUGUGCACAGCCAGCUGGAGAAGCGCGAGAUCACUGUCAGGGCAGCUCUGGCCUCUGCCCACCAAGGGCAGCCCCUGCCAAAGACGCUGAGUGUCCUGGAGAACACGCCGCAGGUGCGAGGCAUGCACACCAUCAUCAGGAACAAGGACACGACAAGGGACGAAUUCAUCUUCUACUCCAAGCGCCUGAUGAGGCUGUUGAUUGAACAUGCCCUUUCCUUUCUGCCACUGAAGUCGGUCACUGUGGAGACGCCCCAGGGGACAAUGUACGAAGGAAAGCGGUUCCACAGGCAGAGGAUCACAGGCGUGUCCAUCCUGCGAGCAGGGGAGACCAUGGAGCAGGCCCUCACUGCUGUGUGCAAGGACAUCCGCCUGGGCAAGAUCCUGAUCCAGACCAACCACGACACGGGGGAGCCUGAGCUCCACUACCUGCGCCUUCCCAAGGAGAUCAGCGAGGACUACGUCAUCCUCAUGGACAGCACCGUCUCCACGGGAGCCGCGGCCAUGAUGGCAGUGCGCGUCCUGCUGGAUCAUGACGUGCAGGAGGACAGGAUCUUCCUGCUGUCGCUGCUGAUGGCAGAGAUGGGGGUGCACUCCGUGGCCUACGCCUUUCCCCGUGUCCACAUCAUCACCACUGCCGUAGACAAGAGGAUCAACGAGGAAUUCCACAUCAUCCCAGGCAUUGGUAACUUUGGGGACAGAUACUUCGGCACUGACGGCCCCUCUGCCUGGUGUGAGAGCGAUGGCAUGGACUGCUGAGCUGGCUGGCCCCUGGGCCACCAGCAGGGCUGGCCAUGGGGCCGGCCCCCCGCCUCCGCCCUGAGGAGGGGCUCCGAGCUGCCAGCCUGUGCCCACCCACCCGCAGCACAGUCCUGCCAGCCCCCGGCUCUCCUGCCCCGCAGGAUGAGCCCUUUGCUGCCAGCCUCUCCCUCCACCCUGCAGGAGCGGCCCCUUGCGGGGUCGAUCCUCCCCUCCGAGGAGGGAUGGAGGGAG